GGUGGUCUGUUCGCUGACGGUAUCGGUAUCAAGCUGAGACGGUAUCAGUUUAAGAGGACUGUUAUCGCUCUGCAGAUAUGUGUAGUCUCAGGUGAUGAUUACCUUACGUCGACGGCUACCAUAGUUGUGUUUAUCAUGGGUGGAGGCGCAUGAAACGGCUGUAAAAUAUAGGAUAUUCUCACGCUCCAGCAGAAUUCAAGGAUGUCAUGUUGGCGUAUUCGUACCAGCUGUUCGAGGAUGUAAAUAGUCAUUAACGAUGAAGCUUCUGCGAGUGUUGCUCGUUGUGUUAUACCUUGUAUAUUCCACGGCUAAGGGGGACUUGUUGGAAUUUGAUGGAUCCGGCGACAUCAUUUCCCCCUCAAGGUCACCCAAGACCAAAGACAUAGAGUUGGGGCCAGCCUCGUUCCAGCACAUCAGGGCUCGGGACAAGAUGGUCAAACGAACAAUGAGGGUACUUCUUCCCGGGAUGAUCAGAUCAUUUUGGAUACUAAUCUUCCGGAUUUUAUCCAGAGGCAUAUGGCCGACUCUUUGGAGGCCAGGGCAACCAAAGAUGUUGAACUUCAGACCAAAGUUCAGAGACUGGAAAGAAUGGUGAUUCGUCUGAAGUCUCGUCUCGCUAACUUUGGUAAUCGCAUGAGACUAAUGGAGCGCCACCUAGAGGAUCAUCUGCAAAAUCACGAUUCCACGCUACCACCAAGGUCCACACAGUCAUCUAAAACAACGGGGUUAGACGGUUCAGGGGAACUUCAGUUAUUGGAACCAGGCGACACCGUCCUUCUUGAAACUGUUCGAAAUCAAACUGAGCCUAAUGACGCGUCUGUUGGGGAACAAGGAACAAGCCCAGGAAGCAAGACCAAAAGCGAUCCGAAAAGCUGCAAAUCCAAAGCAAUUGGUGCCAAGUCGGCAAAGAAACACGGAGUUAGAAUUCUGGCUGUGAGUGCCAAAGACUCCAGAUUCGUCAUCUUUGGGAAGAACGACGAGUUGAAAUUCCCUCUGCAAACCAGUCAUGUCCGCUCCGUGGUUUAUGACCCCGCCACAGAGACUAUAAUAUGGUCCAACUACAGUUCCAGGGAUCCGGGGAUAUUCUCCAGCGAUCUCCAGAAGCCUGCCAAAUCCACCAGGCUGUCCCGCCUGUCCUCUGAAGGGAUGGCCAUCGACGUCUGUAGACGUCUGCUGUUCUUCACGACCUCCACGCCACGCUACACCAUCAGCAAGAUGACGACACGUGGUAAACACCUUCGAGAAGUGAAACAUAUGAAGAAGUACGGCCCCUACAUGUAUUCUGUUGCGGUUGAUCCUGAUGCUAAAAUGAUAUAUACAUGUCACUACUCUUUCCUAGUGAAGACCAGCUAUGACGGAAGACGACAGGAGGAACUCGUUAAAGACAGCAGCUCCAUAUUUGCCGUAUCGCUGGAUCCUACAAACCAGGCGCUGUAUUACAGUGCAUGGGGCGGGAUUAAACGCCUGCAGUUGGAUAAAGGCCAGUCUGACACCGUGGUUGAAAUUCGCACAUCUCCUCGUAACAUUGUAUACAACCAGAACAGGUUGUAUUUUGACAACAGCAGGUUUCUUAAAGUAUUCGGCAUCAAAAGCGACCGUGUGAAGACUCUUGGAAAACUUGCUGAUUCAACCCUAUCACUUUGUCUUAUGUAAUAACAGAGUCCACCAAGGCUCGGGAUAAUAAUGCCCGUUAACAGGCGUUUACUAUGACAGAAUGUAUAAGAUUACAUGUGCGUUAUGAUGCUUGCCAUUGGACCUGGAUCAAUGGAACCUUCAUAAUUCUUGGGGACCAUUUGUCAAUGUCAUAUAUGACAGAAGAGUCCAGUAGCCUUUAACAAAUCCAGUGUUGAUAUCAGCGGGUUGAAUGAAACUAUGGAAUUGAGAUACCAUAUGAUAGUUGCUUUGUGUCAAGGGUCAAUAGUUGUGAAUGAACAAAUACAUGCGGACUAGGCGGUAAAAUUAGAAAUCCAGCAGGUUUGACUCAAGUUAUUCAGAACCAUGUCUCUUUGUUAACACAAUAUGAUAGUUUACACCAGUCCAGCAAAUAAUCACCAUCCACACAUGUAUAAUACCAAGACAAUGUUUCAAUAUCAGGUUGGCUGAAAUUAAUACUUGGCUGUUGAUCAUUGCACUUCUUUAAAACUAGGAUGGACGCUUAGUGUCUUCAGGAUGAGAACGUGCAGAACGGUUUCAGUCAUUCAGUCUUUGUUAUUACAAUAAGAUGUGUUACAGUACAGCAAAUGAUAACCACCAAAACAUGUAGAAUGCUGCAAAAAUGUUUCAAUGUCAAAUAGACUGAGAUUGAUUCUAGGUUGUUUAUCAUUGCACUUCUUUAAAACUCGAAUGGACGCUUCGAGUCUUCAGGAUAAGAAUGUUCAGAACGGUUUCCAGCGGGCAAAUAUAUGGUGGGCCUCCCUCAUAGCGGUGUGUGGCACCGGAUGUUCAAGGCUUGUGUGUUUUAUGCUUUUGUGUGACUGUGUGUGCUUCUGGCUGCUACAAGUACCAAAGACGACGACGUGCAUUGUUGCAGAGCUAACAUCCACGAAUCUUGAACACGUUCACUGUUAAAAGCAGUGGGGUGUUGACGAUUUGUUCCAAGUGGCUUGAAGGACUAUGACGUCGAUUAAACAUAUCAUAUUUGACAUUUUACACUUAGCUUUAUAUACUUGUAUCUAUAUUAUGCCGUGAGGAAUUCUAGAUCAUUAAAACUAUGUAAGCAGGA